ACCGGAAGACGUUCAUGCCCUUCUCUGAACUCGGCUUCGGCAUCGCCCAGAUCGCACAAUGGGAACACAAUGUUCAGGACCCCGGGUUUCAUUCGUUCCCUGCGCGGGAGACCUACUAUUCGGCAGGCCAUGACCCCUGAGUGGACUGACGAGCCAUUGGUCCCUGGCCCCAUCAACGAGGUAAAGCACGUCCCUCCCGUGUUGGAUAUGCCAUCUGUUUGCGCCCUCGAUGCGGAUCGACAAAGCACCUUCCGACUCUGUUUUAAGGAUCCCGUUCAGGCAAAAGUCGAUGAGGACCUAUCCCUUCGGGGUCUGUACAGCUCUUCCAGUAAGAGCCCUCUACCUCAAUCGCGUGUCUCGGAAGGAAAAGCUGUCACAUAUGUCCAUUUCUUCUCUCGCUUCUUUCCCGUCGGCAAAUAUGUCGAUGAAUAUUCCAGCCAGGAUACCAUCAAGGGAACCUCGCCCAGUUUGCACCAGCCCCGAGUCUUCACAGCAGUCCUCGCCGGAUAGAUCUCCAGCUUGUGUCAACCCCGUCAAGUCCGAGAAAAAGAGUUCCUCGAGCGCGCAAGAGAAGGCCCCGGACAACGGGGCAACCGAUAGACCAACAGACUUGUGCUGGACCCCCCACGUUGACUCUCCAUGUUGUGCAGACCACCAAUCUCUCAUUGGGAACAAGUCUAGCGCGGUUCACGUCCAAGAUGGUGUGUCUGGAAUUGCCCACGGUUUGCUUGCGCAGCUUCAAGGAAGAGUGUGUUGUGAGCAGGCCGUCUCGACUGUUCUUAGAUAUUUUGAACUGGUGCUGCAAACAAAUCGAAAACUGGACGAAAUUGACCGCACCACGAUACACCUACGCGACGAGCAAUACGGAAAGACCAAAUCUAACAUACAGAUGUUGACUGAGCUGUGCAGAGAGGCUUCUUCUGCAUACUUAGCCGACGAGAACUGGAUCGCAUAUGACACAGAUAACAAUCAAGAGAUUAGAUAUUCCGACGACACCGCGGCCUUCGGUAAUAUGUUGAGUGCUUCAACAUGCAAUACCAACCCGGAUUCUCAGGGCUUGGAGCCUCUGAGCAGGCAAUUGGCCCAUGACGGGGGCUUUUUUACAGACACUCCAAACACCACACCUCGAUGUAGCUGCGACGACGAACCGAAGGAUGCGACUUGCUCGGCCCACACGACCGAGCUUCUUGGUGGAAAUAAUUCAUCGGACGAGGCGGACUCCAUGGAGGCACGCGUUUCGUUAAGCCUGGCUAUGAGAUCCCUAAGAGAUGAGCUGCUGGAGGCGGGUGAGACUGUUGAUGCAGAUAUGUCGUGAGUAUAUGAUGAGGUUGCCCUGGGAAUUCAUCUCAGCUUGAGGUGAAUCAUGACGGGUAGUAAUUAUCACAGCGUUAAGAGCUAGAGAAGAGAUAAGCCACGAUUAUUCUAAGGGAAACAGACUCGGCCGGGGCUUGGAGAUAUUAGCAAGGGCUUUGUUGCACAGCGGUAACAAGUCUGAAUCC